UCUGCGUGCUGCCGGUGCCCCGCCUCCGGAAGAUGCGACCGGCGAGGCGAGCUAGGGACGGACUGCGCAGGCGCAGUGUCCCCGGGCCAAAAUGGCUGCGCGGUGUUCCCCACGCUGGUUGAGGGUGGUGGUGGGGACCCCCCGGCUGCCGACUGCAGCGGGGAGAGGGGACCAGCAGCCCCAGGGGGGCGUAGUGGCAGCAUCCCUGUGUCGCAAGCUGUGCGUCUCUGCCUUCGGGCUUUCCAUGGGCGCUCACGGCCCCCGGGCGCUGCUGACAUUGAGACCCGGUGUCCACCUCACAGGGACAAAAAGUUUCCCUUUCGUUUGUACCACCUCCUUCCACACUAGUGCUUCUUUGGCCAAAGAUGAUUAUUACCAGAUACUGGGAGUACCCCGAAAUGCCAGCCAGAAAGAUAUCAAGAAAGCCUAUUAUCAGCUUGCCAAGAAAUAUCAUCCAGACACAAAUAAGGAUGAUCCCAAAGCCAAGGAAAAGUUCUCCCAGCUGGCAGAAGCUUAUGAGGUGUUGAGUGAUGAAGUGAAGAGGAAGCAGUAUGAUGCUUACGGCUCUGCUGGCUUUGACCCUGGGGCCAGCAGCUCUGGGCAGGGCUACUGGAGAGGAGGUCCCUCUGUUGACCCUGAGGAGCUGUUCAGGAAGAUCUUUGGGGAGUUCUCAUCUUCUGCUUUUGGUGAUUUCCAGAAUGUGUUUGAUCAACCUCAGGAAUACAUUAUGGAAUUGACAUUCAAUCAAGCUGCCAAGGGCGUCAACAAAGAGUUCACUGUGAACAUCCUGGACACCUGUGAGCGCUGUGAUGGCAAGGGGAACGAGCCUGGAACCAAAGUACAGCAUUGCCACUACUGCGGCGGCUCAGGCAUGGAAACUAUCAAUACAGGGCCUUUUGUGAUGCGUUCCACAUGUCGGAGGUGUGGUGGCAGGGGCUCCAUCAUCACAAAUCCCUGUGUGGUUUGCAGAGGAGCAGGACAAGCCAAGCAGAAGAAGCGAAUUACAAUCCCCGUGCCUGCAGGAGUUGAAGAUGGUCAGACUGUAAGGAUGCCAGUGGGAAAACGAGAAAUUUUUGUGACAUUCAGGGUACAGAAAAGUCCUGUGUUCCGGAGGGACGGUGCAGACAUCCACUCCGACCUCUUUAUUUCAAUAGCUCAAGCUAUUCUUGGGGGCACAGCUAAAGCCCAGGGCCUGUAUGAGACAAUCAAUGUGACGGUAAGAGAGCAUGGGGACAGCUGUCUCUGCUGCCCUGGCAGCUUGUUAAUCUUUUUCCUUCCCCUUCCCCUUCCCCUCCCCUCCUUUCUUCGUUUUUAUUUCUUUUUUUGGGACUGAUGGUUAUGUAUCCUC